GAAGCAAAGACGAAAAACUAGAUCAUUGUCUGCUUAGGUAACGUCACUCUUCUGAGUCUUCUUUCUCCUAUAGAGAAGAAAAUUGAAAAAAAAAAAAAAAUUCAUCGCCACUAUUUCCCAUGGGCACAGAUAUGGAAGAAGCACAAAGCAGAAGCAAUAACAAUAACAAUAACAGAAGCAGCACUUCCGACAGACAGGCGCAGAAGGCCCUCCUCGUACUGAACAUCAUCAUCCUAGGGAUCGGGAACUGCGGGGGGCCACUCAUCAUGCGCCUCUACUUCAUCAACGGCGGCAAGCGCGUCUGGCUCUCCAGCUGUCUCCAGACCGUCGGCUGGCCCAUCAUCCUCCUCCCCGCGGCCUUCUCCUUCUACCGCCGCCGCCGACAAAACCCCGCCGCCAAAUUCUUCGAAAUAAAACCAUUCCUCAUCCUCGCCUUCGCCGUCGUCGGCAUCCUCACCGGCUUAAACGCCUACAGCUACACCUACGGAGUCGCCCGCCUCCCCGUCUCCACCGCCGCCCUCAUCACGGCCUCUCAGCUCGCCUUCACCGCCGCCUUCGCUUACCUCCUCGUCAAGCAGAAGUUUACGGCGUAUUCAUUAAACGCCGUCGCUUUGCUAACCGCCGGAGGUGCCGUCUUGGCGCUCCACACGAGUGGCGACAGACCUGAGGGCGAGAGUAGCAAGGAGUACUUGAUGGGGUUCCUGAUGUCAGUGGGGGCGGCUUUAAUCUACGGCUUCAUCCUGCCGUUGAUGGAGCUGGCGUACAAGAAGGCGAAGCAGGAGCUUACUUACUCCCUCGUCUUGGAGGUUCAGAUGGUCAUGUGUUUCUUCGCCACUGCUUUUUGCAUCGUCGGGAUGAUAAUCAACAAAGAUUUCCAGGCUGUUCCAAGAGAAGCAAAGAAAUUUGAGCUAGGGGAAACCAAGUACUAUGUGGUGCUUGUGUGCAGUGCAAUAAUCUGGCAAGGUUUCUUCUUGGGAGCAGUAGGAGUCGUCUACUGUGCCUCAUCUUUGCUAUCAGGCAUUGUUAUUGCGGUUCUUCUACCGGUGACUGAAGUCUUUGGUGUCAUUUUCUACAAAGAAAGUUUCCCAGCCGAGAAAGGUCUCUCCCUUGUACUCUCUCUCUGGGGAUUUGCCUCCUACUUCUAUGGCGAGUUCAAACAAAACAAGAAGAAUAAGAAGAAGCUCAUCCAAGAAGCGGAAAUUCCUCAAAUUCAGGGUAGCCUAAAACCAGAAAGUGAGAUGCUAAAUCCAUGAGAACAAAAUUAAAUGCAUUUUAUCGUUUCUUCUUAUAUGGGUCACAAUUAUACUUGGUGAUUUGGCAUUCGUAUAAAUGCUAAAGAAAGGAAAAGUACGAAUUUCGUAUCUGUUAGUGUGUUUAAUACUGUUUUUUUCAAUUAGGGAGAAAAAAAUAAAUGGAUUCCUGGUUUUAAUUUUGCAGAGUACAAUUGAGAGGAGGGUACGACCUUUUUUUUAUUUUA